AUGGUUGGCAGAGGCUCGUCAGUGUAUGCGAACGAUGUGCUGGGGGGCGAGGUGGUGCUGGUGACUGGCGGUGGGUCGGGCAUCGGUCUGGCUACGGCGUGGGCGGCGGUGGCUGGUGGGGCGGCUGGUGUGGCCAUCGCCGGGCGGAAGGGGCAUCGGCUGGAGGCUGCGGCUGAGGUGCUGGUGGAACGCGGCGAGGCCGAGGGAUAUGAUUGUCGGAUCUUGCCCGUGGUCAUGGACAUCCGUCACUUGGCAUCGGUGGAGUCGGGCAUUGCGACCGUCAUCGACGUCUUUGGUCGCAUCGAUGUGGUGGUCAACAACGCAGGCGGGCAGUACGUCUCGCCGGCUGAGGACAUCUCGCCCAAGGGCUGGCGUGCUGUUGUCGAUACCAACCUAACCGGGACAUGGAAUGUGCUCGUUGGCGUCUUUGCCGCCCUCGAUGCCGCUGCGCCCGACAAGGCCGCCCUUCGUGGCCUCCGCUGCGUCAAUGUGGUGGCGGACAUGUGGGCAGGCAUGCCGCACAUGGCUCACUCGGGCGCGGCACGUGCUGGCGUUGUCAACCUCACACACACACUCGCUGUCGAGUGGGCCCGAUACGGGAUCCGCAUCAACGCCGUCGCGCCCGGCAUCAUCGUCUCGUCUGGCCUCGACUCGUACCCGGCGCCCGUCCGGGCCGCGCUCCCGUCCAUCGCCGCCGCCUGCCCCACCGGCCGCGGCGGGACCGAGUCAGAAGUUGCUGCAGCCAUCAUUUUCCUUGCCUCUUCCGGUGCAUCAUAUGUCAACGGCGCUGUCCUCCGGGUCGAUGGCGGCUCCUCGCUCCGCAAGGGCAUCGAGCUUUCGUCGUUCUUCCCGCCACACCCUGCCAUCCCGCCGUACCACUCUGCCCCGUUCCUCGCCGACAAAUACGGCGCAUUCAUCCAGGCAUCCCGACUCUGA